UGGUUCUUUUAUAGCCACAAACAUAGACCGCGCACAUUAGCCACCUUUACUUCUUCCUAACUAAACUACGCAUCUUGAGCUUCUUCUGAAGACUCUACUCUCCUCUCCACUUGCUUCUUCCUCUAGAACAAAAAGUUGAAACCUUUCAAACUUUCUCUGCCACCAAACCAAUUUCUUUCUCUCUCUCUCUCUCUCUUAUGGCGUUUUUGAGACCAACCCUCUCUCAACUUUCCCUUUCACAAUCCAAUUUUCCCAGAAAUUCUUCAUUGAAUCAUCCAACCCAACAAUGUUUUUUUCACAAAAGGAUCCUAAAGUUUCAAAAUUCCAAGUCUUCCAGGGUCUGUUGUAGUAGUUCUCAAGAUGCCAAGAACCAAAACAAUGGAGAAGAGCCUCCAGAGUCAUUAUUUCUGAAGGAAUUAAAGAGGAGAGGUAUGACGCCUACAUCAUUGCUUGAGGAUUACAAGCAAACCAACUAUGGAGUUGAUGAAGAGGCGUUUGUGAAUGAAGAAGAUAGGGGUUUCCUGAACAGAAAAACAGUGUCAACCAAUAUUGAAAGGGGUCUAGAGAAUCAGAGGGAACGGUCUAUGGCGCUGAACAGUGAAGGUCUUGAGGGCUUGGUACCUCGAGCUAAACUUCUAUUGACACUUGGAGGAACAUUCUUCUUGGCAUUUGGACCAUUGAUCCUCAUAACCGUGGCAUUUUUUUCGGCUCUUUACUUCUAUUUCGGACCAAGUUUUAUCCACGACGGAAGCAAGAUGUCAAUAUCACCUCCACAAUAUGUGGACCCUUAUGCACUCUUAGAAGAUGAAAGGAUAUCUCAGAUAGCUCCUCGGCUAAAUUAAAGGCAACAUCACACGUACUUUUCUCUUAGGAACCUAUAGUCACAUAAAGUUUUACUUGGCUUCUGUUGAUUAGUUCCUUUGUAAAAUAUCAUCCAGGGAGAACUUGUUAUGUAUUUUGCAGUCAUCAUUGACACAAUUAUUUGCAUGUGUCUUUUGCAUUUUGCAUAUAUGUUAUGUAUAGUUUAUUUAAAUCUAAAUGAAAGCCUGGUUAGAAGUAGCAU